AUGGUCAUGAACCUAAUCUACACAGAUAGCUUGUUUUCGUUAAGAACACACAUGUGAUAUACAUAUUGCUUGGUAACGUGUGCUUCAUUACACUGUAAUGCUAUGACGUCCAUGGUUUAUCUUGUCAGUUAUACGGAGAAGAUGGUGGGCAACGAAUCUUGACGACUAAGUCGGAAACUGAAGCCCUCUGGAAUGGUGCGUUUUGGUAACCACAACAGCAGCAUAGGACGAAGAUUACAACUGUUGCCCAAAACAGGUGCCCUUUUGUAGACUUUCGUAGACUUUUAAGCCAAAUCUGAAACUGCUGUCAAGGCACGAGAACGCACAGCAAAAUGAUAGCAAAGCUGAUUUAUGGUAGGGAAAGUGUCCGCUAUAUGGGCAAUUCAAGCCUAAAAAUCAAAAUCCUUCCCUCAGGGAAAAUUUUACGAAGCAUACAACGGCCAUUUGACAGGCUCCUUUUCCCCAUAAUUACGAAGAAAGAGCAGUUCAAAGUUGGAAAACGUCAACGUCGUGAGAUGGAUAACCUGGAAAUUAUGCACGACGUUAAACUGCACUUCAACCGCUUGUUGCGCGCAUUCCAUCUCAUAAUCCCUGUCGAGUGCAAGAAGAACAACAUUCACGACCCUCGAGGUAAAACUGUCGCGUUAGACUCCGGCAGCACGCACUUCAUCACUGAGUAUUCUCCAGCUGGGGGUCCUUUCAUCUCUCAUUGCGCAGGGAGAAAAUAAUGGCGUUGAAGAAGAAGAUAGGCGAGAUGCAGGCCGCGAGGAAAUCAAAGCAAUGCCGUAAA